AGGAUUGGCUCUGGACUAAAAUUCUCAAAUUUCAAAAUUUAUAUGAGUUGUAGUCAAAAAUUAUAUGAGUUUACACACUUCAACAAAAUUUAGUGAUUUGUGGAUAAAAAUUCUUUUAUAAUUCGGUGGAUUGUUUUUUUAGUCGGUGGAUUGUUAAUACGUCGAACUUCCAUGAUAUUAAGAUAUCUUAGAUACCGUCAAUUUACAGCCUAGCCGUUGCACCAUUAUUGGUUCAAAUAUAUAUUAAUACAUUUCAUCAAAUAACUAUAUUUGUACCCGCUGAAGUUACUUUGUUUAAGGUCUCGUGAUUUUUAAGUCUAUAUAGUAUAAUAUUAUAUAUAUCACUAUCAUUUGGUAAGCCAGACGUGGUGAUCGAGUUUCAGCACGGAUUCAAUAUAAUACAGUACGAUCCUUACAUCAAUAUUCGUCAUCUGUUAUUUUUGUUUGACAUUGACACCCAUAUGGUCUUAUCCCGUCGAAUAAAAGUCAACUCCCAUCUCUCUCCAGUUAUAAAAAUUGGCAUUUCAUGCCUUAUAUUCAAACAUCUCAGGCUUUUUAUGUUCUUCUCUUGCUCUUUGAUUACCAGUUUAUAAAUAGUAUCAUUAGAUGCCCUUAAUAGGAACUUAUUAUUUACAUGGCACCACCACCACCACCACCAUCACCACCACCGGUUUCUUUAAGGGUAGUGGUCCUUUUCCUUCGGGUUUUAACGGUGGUUUUUCUCGUUAUAACGGUGAUCAUCCUCAGCACCAACAGCGUCACUAUUGACUCUCAAGGAACCGCUUUGAAAUACUAUUUCAAAGAUGUUUAUGCCUAUAGAUACAUGUUCUCAGCCGCCAUCAUCGGACUAGUUUACGCUGUCGUACAACUGUUCUUCACAAUCUCUGAACUGGCCACCAGAAUCAAGAACCCUAUUAAUUAUCAACUCGAUUUUUACGGUGACAAGAUAAUAUCAUAUUGAUUGGCAACUGGUUCGGCGGCUGGAUUUGGAGUGAGCAAAGACUUGAAAGAUGCACUUCUAGCAUUAGUUGCAUUAGAUUCAACUGAUCCUGUGGAUAAGUUCUUCAGCAGAGGAUACGCAUCGGCUAGUAUGCUUCUCUUUGCUUUCGUCUGUCUAGCCGUUUUAUCCGUCUUUUCAUCCUACGCCAUUUCCAAACACUAGUUUAGUUAAGUCUCAUCAUUGUUGAACGUAUACUCUUUUCCAAUGUGAUUUGAUCAGAUAGCUUUGUCGCACUGUUAUGUGUUGGUGCAAUUCUGUAAAUUUGAGAUUGUAUUU